GCCCUCCCUACCCUCACUCACUCACUCCUCUUCCUCCAAACUCACACCCCUUACCCUUACCCUUUAUCUAUCCAAUUCAAACCAGAAUACAACCUUUCAUUUUCCUCUCUUGAACCAUUUUCCCACUCUCAUCUUCUAAACAACAUUUCAAGCAAACAAGAACAAGAAGAUGAGGCCAAAAACCCAAAACCCCUUGAAGAACCCUAAACAACUUCUCCUCAUUGGCGUCUUCCUUGCUUUCUUUCUUCUCUUUGUGCUAAGAUCGAGCUUCUCGUCAUCAUUAUCAUCAUCAUCCGAGCAAAACACGUCUCCAAUCUCCGAAACUAUUUCCCAAAGUGUUUCUCCAAAAGCCUCAAAAUCAAAACCAAUAAAAAAUUCCAACCCAACAAACUGCUCACCAACUUGCACCAAAAUCCCACCCUCCCUAGCCCAAACCCUCAUCCACUACACAACCUCAACAAUCACUCCGCAACAAACACUCAAAGAGAUCUCGGUGACAGCCAAAGUAUUAGCCAAAAAGUCCCCAUGUAACUUCCUAGUCUUCGGGCUAGGCCACGACAGCCUAAUGUGGAGUUCACUCAACUAUGGCGGGCGAACAAUCUUUUUGGAGGAAGAUGAGGCGUGGAUCGGUCAAAUAAAGCGUAGAUUCCCUAUGUUAGAGUCAUACCAUGUCACAUAUGACAGUAAAGUGAACCAAGCAGAUGGGUUAAUGGAGGUUGGGAAUGGUCCUGAGUGCACAGCAAUUGGUGACACAAGGUACUCUAUGUGCCAACUAGCACUCAAGGGCUUGCCAAGUGAGGUUUAUGAGACAAAGUGGGAUUUGAUCAUGGUUGAUGCACCAACAGGGUACCAUGAUGAGGCUCCGGGGAGGAUGAGUGCGAUAUACACUGCGGGGAUGAUGGCAAGGAACAGGGAGGAUGGGAAGAGUACUGAUGUUUUUGUGCAUGAUGUGAAUAGGGAAGUGGAGGAUAAGUUUUCUAGAGCAUUUUUGUGUGAUGGGUAUAUGAGGAAACAAGAGGGGAGGUUGAGGCAUUUCAGAAUUCCAAGUCAUAGGGACAGUUUGGACAAGACCUUCUGCCCUUGAACAACUUUUUUAGCCCUUUUGGCCUUUUAACAACUUUCUUUUUCUUACCCUUGUGUUGUCUAUUACUCUUUUUGCCAAUUGUGUUUUUGCCCAUGAAGGGAAAUAAAUAUAUAUUUUUUUUUGUAA